ACAGAACGUAACUUGCAUCAAUUACCUACAGUUUUCAGAGAGGUGUAAAGUACCUCAAAGAUAAUGAACAGUGUUGGAAUCAAGUAACAUGGUUUUCUAAAUGUGCUUCGUUUUCCAUUAAAACGCAAAUUUCUUCUGCUUGCCUCAUCCUCUUCAGGAAGUAGAGUUCUGGGUAAUUUUUUUUUCUUUCAAUUCUGUACAUAUUCUCUGAGUUUUCUAGCUAUCACAAAUUCAAAGUGAUUUGGAAAAGCUGGAAUUCCUUUUUUCCUUGUUGUGGCUAGGAUGGUAUCCUGUCCCAGGCUAAUCUAUUAUUUCAUCCAUGGGCUCUAUUUACUAAUGUUUUCGUUAAAUGUGUCAUUGUAAUCAUAAGGAAGCAUGAUGCACCCUCUUGUUCCACUUCUCGUGGUUGCACAUGGACAUUGAUUUUAAGCCUUGAGCUCUCGGGUAAGGCAAGACUGGCCCGGGCAUGGUCCACAAGACGAUACUUGAAGCAGAGACUUUCUAGACGUUCCCUUAAAGAUAGUCAAGACAUCCCCAUGAAGACGUUCCCUUAAACUAAGGAGAAAUUUGAGUCUGGGGUACCGGGUUGCCAAUUCUCUUAGCAUAGAGCAUUUCAACCGCUAGACCAGAUAGAGACAUUUAAGACGGUUCCUAAAUUUGGGGAGCGCGUAGGCUUAUGGGAAAUAGAGUCACGGUAUUUAUCCUGGGACCUGCGGUGGGCCCCCGGAGGCAGACUUCCGAUGCAUUCCUGCGCGUGUGCACCCCGCUCUGUGUGCGUGUUCGCGCAUGCGCGUCGCUGCCGCACUGCCCUCGCUUCCUGUGCGUCCCCAGGUCACCGCUCGCCCUAGUUCCCAGGCUUUGGCCUCCGGUGGGCGAGAAUCGCGGAGUCUGCGAGGCUGGGCGCGGAAGAGCCGGGCCGGCACCCAAGCGGGCGCGGGGCUGUGCAGGCCAGGGUUCGCGCCGGCCGGGCGGAGGCUCAAGCAGGGAUCCCUGAGCACGACCCCCGGAGCCUACGGCGCUGGGGCCCGAGGGGCCGGCCGGGCGGUGUCGGCGGCGGAGGCGAAGGGGCAGCGGGACCUGGGCACGAUCCGUGUACGUCCUCGACGGCCCGGCCCCGGCUCCGCAGGACGGUGAGCCCCAGGGACACGGAUCUGAGCUCCGGGAGGGACGCCCCGCCUGGAUUUGUCCCGUAGGCCCGGCACGGGCCCCUCGGGAGCAGAACGGUCUUGGUGAGGUGGAGAGGAGGAGACCUCGCGAGCAGACGCGCGCCCGCGACAGCAGUCCCUCCCCGGCCUCUCGGGAGCGGUGGGGCAGAGGCUGCGGAGCCUCAGGAGGACCUGCCUCCGCUUUCACAGUCCUCCAGAUUUUCCCAAGAGCAGCAGAAAAUGAAUAAAUCCCUGGGGCCAGUGUCAUUCAAGGAUGUGGCUGUGGACUUCACCCAGGAGGAGUGGCAGCAACUGGACCCUGAGCAGAAGAUAACUUACAGGGAUGUGAUGCUGGAGAACUACAGCAAUCUAGUUUCCGUGGGGUAUCACAUUAUCAAACCGGAUGUUAUCAGCAAGUUGGAGCAAGGAGAAGAGCCAUGGAUAGUAGAAGGAGAAUUCCUACUUCAGAGCUAUCCAGAUGAAGUCUGGCAAACUGAUGACCUGAUAGAGAGAAUCCAGGAAGGCGAAAAUAAACCUUCAAGCCAAACUGUGUUCAUUGAGACCCUGAUUGAAGACAGAGGUAAUGUUCCUGGUAAAACUUUUGAUGUAGAAACGAACCCUGUUCCUUCAGGAAAAACAGCCUAUAGAAAUAGCCUCUGUGACUCAUGUGAAAAGUGUUUAGCAUCUGUUUCAGAAUAUAUUAGUAGUGAUGGAAGCUAUGCAAGAAUGAAAGCUGAUGAAUGUAGUGGAUGUGGGAAAUCGCUCCUCCAUAUUAAGCUUGAGAAAACUCAUCCAGGAGAUAAAGCUUAUGAAUUUAAUCAAAAUGGGAAACCUUAUACUCUAAACGAAGAAAGUCUUUAUCAGAAAAUUCAUAUUUUGGAGAAGCCUUUUGAAUAUAUUGAAUGCCAGAAAGCCUUCCAAAAGGACACUGUUUUUGUUAAUCACAUGGAAGGAAAGCCCUAUAAGUGGAAUGGAUCUGAAAUAGCCUUUCUCCAGAUGUCGGACCUCACUGUACAUCAAGCAUCUCAUUUGGAAAUGAAGCCCUAUGAAUGCAGUGAAUGUGGGAAAUCCUUCUGUAAAAAGUCAAAAUUUAUUAUACAUCAGAGGACUCAUACAGGAGAGAAACCUUACGAAUGUAAUCAGUGUGGGAAAUCCUUCUGCCAGAAGGGAACCCUAACUGUGCAUCAGAGAACACACACAGGGGAGAAGCCCUAUGAAUGUAAUGAAUGUGGGAAAAACUUUUACCAGAAGUUACACCUCAUUCAGCAUCAGAGAACUCACUCAGGAGAGAAGCCCUAUGAAUGUAGUUAUUGUGGAAAAUCCUUUUGCCAGAAGACACACCUCACACAACAUCAGAGAACACAUUCAGGAGAGAGACCUUAUGUUUGUCAUGACUGUGGGAAAACCUUCUCGCAGAAGUCAGCACUUAAUGACCAUCAGAAAAUUCACACAGGUGUGAAACUCUACAAGUGUAGUGAAUGUGGGAAAUGCUUCUGCCGCAAGUCGACUCUCACGACCCACCUGAGGACCCACACAGGAGAGAAACCCUAUGAAUGUAAUGAGUGUGGAAAAUUCUUCUCUCGGUUGUCAUAUCUCACUGUACAUUAUAGAACUCAUUCAGGAGAGAAACCCUAUGAAUGUAAUGAAUGUGGAAAAACUUUCUACCUGAAUUCAGCCCUCAUGAGACAUCAGAGAGUGCACACAGGAGAGAAACCUUACGAAUGUAACGAAUGUGGAAAGUUAUUCUCCCAGUUGUCAUACCUCACUAUACAUCAUAGAACUCAUUCAGGAGUAAAACCCUAUGAAUGUAGUGAAUGUGGGAAAACCUUCUACCAGAACUCAGCCCUUUGUAGACAUAGGAGAAUACACAAAGGCGAGAAGCCCUAUGAAUGUUACAUAUGUGGAAAAUUCUUCUCUCAGAUGUCAUACCUCACUAUACAUCACAGAAUUCAUUCAGGAGAGAAGCCCUAUGAAUGUAGUGAAUGUGGGAAAACCUUCUGCCAGAAUUCAGCCCUUAAUCGACAUCAGAGAACACACACAGGAGAGAAAGCCUACGAAUGUUAUGAAUGUGGGAAGUGCUUCUCUCAGAUGUCCUAUCUCACUAUACAUCAUCGAAUUCAUUCAGGAGAGAAACCCUUUGAAUGUAAUGAGUGUGGAAAAGCCUUCUCUCGGAUGUCAUACCUCACUGUACACUACAGAACUCAUUCAGGAGAGAAACCCUAUGAGUGUACUGAAUGUGGAAAAAAAUUCUACCACAAAUCAGCAUUCAACAGCCAUCAGAGAAUUCACAGGAGAGGGAAUAUGAAUGUAAUAGAUGUGGGAAGGCUUCUCUGAAGUCAGACCUCACUGUAUAACAGAGAACCCUUUCAAAAUAGUGAAUCAGAAACUCCUGCCUGAAGUCAAACACCUUGUACAUCAGAGAGCUCACACAGGUUACUGUGGCCAUCCCCUUGUGUGUUGGACUCAUAAUCUGAAGACUCACAGAAUGGAAACCAUGAUUAUAACAAGACCACAUGGUGUAACAAUACUAGACUAAAAACAAGUGACAAUUUGUAAAUAUUAAGAAUGUAUAUACACGUCGCCAUGGAUUGGAACUGUUUUGCAUAUCAGGGAAUUCAUAGCCAAGGGGACAUCUACCAAUAUAAGAAAUGUGGAAGACAGAAACCUUUGGAAACUGUUAAUACUAAAAGACGUGUUUCUGAUACAAUAACAAAUUUGAAAAGUAAAAAAAGAAGAUUCCUGCUGUGAAUAAACAUACUCCUUGUGUAAAUAGAAGCUGUAACGUCAUCAGGAUAGCUAGUUAAGUCGGUAACCUUAAACUCAUGUAAGCAGUUCCCAAAGAACAUAGGACUUAUGUUUGGGGUAGAGGGUUGUUUUGUUUUUAUUACAUUACCUUACAGGAACUGUAUGUUCACUUUGAAUCAUGUUUGAAAAAAGUGUAUCCUUAUUAAUUUUGUAAUUAAUAUGGUCAGAGUAUUAUAAACAGCACUAGGUUAAUAUCAUUUCACAGGUAUAAAGUAUACUUUUUCUUGCACUCUUCUCUAGGAUGUAAUGCAUUUGAUCAUUCUUAAUGAACAAUAUCAGCCCUAAAGGACCAAUGCUUUUUUAAUGUUUUCAACUGUACCUGAGUCAGCCAGAGAGAUAAUAUCCGUGUAUAAAAAUAGAUAGAAAACUUUGUUUAGGUAAUUUAAAAUUGUUGGCUGGGUGCAGUGGCUCAAGCCUGUAAUCCCAGCACUUUGGGAGGCCAAGAUGGGCAGAUGACUAGGUCAGGAGAUUGAGACCAUCCUGGCUAACACGGUGAAACCCCGUC